AUGUCCUUGUUCGGCACAUCACCCGAGGACUCCUCGGCAGGUAGUUCGGCUCAUAGGUCCAAGUCUUCGCUCUUCGCCGACGAACCCUCUCUUGGUACUGGUAGCAAUGCCAACCUAGGCUCUUCCUCCCUCUUCGCCGACGAUGACGACCUGGGCUCUGGCUCGCCGUGGAAUAGCAAUGCCAACAAAAGAACGGCCCGGCAUAAGCUCGUGAAAACCUUGUUAUCGGACUCGGAUGCCCCCGAGAGUUAUAUCGAUGCCUACGACCUGGUCCUCAGUACUGGCGAUCGCGUUGGUGCCGGUAUUGGACUGACUUCAGUCAGGGAAAUUCUGUCCGGCAGCGGGAUCAGCGCCUCUGACCAAGGAAAAAUUUUCAAUAUUGUUGUUUCUGGUGAUAUCGAUAGUGCAAAUGGGCUAGGACGUGGCGAGUUCAACGUUCUUCUGGCACUCGUGGGCCUUGCGCAAGAAGGGGAAGAUCUUACAUUGGAUGCGGUUGAUGAUAGGCGCAAGAAGCUCCCCGCGCCGAAAAGCUUAUACCUUGAUGCAUUGCGCGCAAAACAGGAAUCCAGCACCCCUGCGCCGUCGCAAGAGCGGCCGAUUACUCCCCCUCGCCCUGCGUCACCCCAGCAAGCACCCAACUCAGCUCACUCACGACGAUCCCGACGAGAAUCGAUGACAGGCUUGGAGUCUGACCCUUGGGGUAGUCCAGAGCUGCAUCGCGGACAUGCCCACACACAACUCGAAUCCGACCAUCCAGUGUUGAAUGGCUAUGGUAGUGUUCGGUCCGCUACUAACGCUUGGUCUGGUAGAGUCGGUGAGGACAACAACCCCAAUGAAAUCUCGAACAGCAACCGCGCGAAUGGCCAAACGGAUACUGGGCCGUCCCACGGCUCAGGGUUUGGGUGGGGGGAAAGUUUUGGCAAUACACCGAGUGAUAGUGGACUUGGAGGAACAGCCCGGGCUGGCCUUGGAAGCUUUGGCCCUCCUAGUAGUGAUCAUAGCGACUCGAAUCCCCGUCGGCGGUCACUGGGGAUAGGUAGGGUAGCAAGCCCGCCGGUGGAAGAACUCGUGACAGUGACGCUACUCCCGGAGAAGGAGGGGAUGUUCAUGUUCCAGCAUCGCAAUUACGAGGUCAAGUCCCCUCGUAGAGGGAGCACAGUGGUGCGGCGAUACAGUGAUUUCGUCUGGCUGUUGGACUGUCUCCAAAAACGGUACCCGUUCCGACAGCUUCCUCUUCUUCCACCGAAGAGACUUUCAGUCAAUGGCACUCACCUUGCAGCGGAUUCCAAUGCAUUUCUCGAAAAGCGUCGCCGUGGACUCGUUCGAUUCACCAGUUCCCUUAUUCGGCACCCGGUCCUUAGCCAGGAGCAACUCGUGAUCAUGUUCCUGACUGUUCCUACUGAACUGUCUGUGUGGCGGAAGCAAGCCACGAUUUCGGUGCAAGAUGAAUUUAUUGGCCGAGACCUUCCCCCUGAUCUGGAAGACUCCUUGCCUUCUACACUUCCGGACACACUAGAGACCGUCAGGGGCGGUGUUAAGAGGUCUGCAGAAAUCUACAUCAACCUGUGCACAUUACUUGAGCGUUUAGCCAAGCGCAAUGAAGGCCUUGCGGCUGAUCACCUGCGGUUCUCGCUUGCCCUUCAAUCCCUCACGGAGGUGACUCGAGACACGUACGCGAUUGAUACCAACGACGUUCCUUUACUUAAUGAGGGUAUCAAAGCUACUGCCAAUCAUCUCUCAGCUAGUCAAAGCUUACUGGAGGAUGAAGCACGUGCCUGGGAAGAGGGCGUGUUGGAAGACCUGAAGCGCCAGCGAGACUGUCUAGUCAGUGUGCGGGAAAUGUUCGACCGCCGAGACCGUUACGCGCGGAACAAUAUUCCCCAACUGGAGCGGCGCAUCGAGAGCAACGAGAGGAAGCUACAGGAUUUAAGAAGCCGACCUCAAGGUACCGUCAAGCCCGGAGAGAUCGAGAAGGUCGAGGAUGCAAUCAUCAAGGACAAAGAGUCGAUUGUACAACAACAUGCGCGCGGUGUCUUCAUCAAAGAAUGCAUCCGCGACGAAAUAGCAUAUUUCCAGCAGAGCCAGUAUCAUAUUAGCCGACUUCACCAGGACUGGAGUCAGGAGCGGGUCAAGUAUGCCGAGCUGCAGGCAGAUAAUUGGCGGUCAUUGAGUGACCAGGUCGAAGGCAUGCCCUUGGGUGACUGAGAAGAAGGAUAUGUUUGUACCAAUGCAGGAGGCCGGUCUAGACGUUUUUGACUUUUUUUAGUGGUGUGUCCAGUAUGUGUAUACGUUGAUUAUUCCCUUUGCCGCGGUCGCCGACGAUUGCGUGGGGAAGAGUACGGGAUCCUUUUAGCCUGAUGUUUCUGAAGCGGUCUUUUUGCGAUGUAUCCUGUCUCGCUUACUGCAUUGUUCUUGUUUCAAGUGUCUUCGUGGUCCUCCGGGACCGUCAGGAUUGAUACCUUUAAUUUGGAAUGUGGUUGGGCUGCUUGUUGGGAGUGA